UGAUGAGUUUGAUCGGGGAUCUCAGCUAUCUCUCUUGUUCGUCUUUCCCGCGGCUUCUUUACAACUGCGAGCCUGAAAAAAAUCAAGCAAAAAAAAAAAAUAAAUAAAAUAAAAAUUGUCAACAAAGGAAUCGGUCAGAACGAGAUCGAUGGUUUGACUCCCUGUUCCAUCUCGAUCGCCGGCGCUUUUUCUCCUUCUCGAUUCGUAUGGCCACGAGAAGCAAGAAGUUCUUCAGCGGCAUCGUGAAGCGCUUCUUCGGAGAUCGCCGCCACAAAGACGGGAAGAAGGAGAAGGAGGACUUGGCGGCGAUCGCGGCGACGGAGCAAAGGGUGUUCCGGUACGAGACGCUGGUGGCGGCCACCAGCAACUUCAGCCCCAAGCACAAGCUUGGCGAAGGGGGAUUCGGUCUAGUCUACAAGGGGCGGCUCGAGGACGGGCGGGAGGUGGCGGUGAAGCGGCUGGGGCGGGGGUCGCGGCAGGGCGCGAGGGAGUUCGAGAACGAAGCGCUGCUGUUGUCUCGGGUGCAGCACAAGAACGUGGUGAACCUCUACGGCUACUGCGCCCAUGGCGACGACAAGCUCCUCGUCUACGAGUAUGUCCCCAACGAGAGCCUCGACAAGCUCCUCUUCUCCCGGGGAGAAGAGGGGGUUGAUCGGAGGAAGAGGAAGGCGGAGCUGGACUGGGCCCGGCGGUACAAGGUAAUCCUUGGGGUGGCGCGAGGGCUGCUUUACCUCCACGAGUCGGCGCAAACCACUAUCAUCCACCGCGACAUCAAGGCCAGCAACAUCCUGCUCGACGGCCGGUGGACGCCCAAGAUCGCUGACUUCGGCAUGGCUCGGCUGUUCCCGGAGGACCAGACCCACGUCAACACCCGCGUCGCCGGCACCAACGGCUACAUGGCCCCCGAGUACGUCAUGCACGGCGUCCUCUCCGUCAAGGCUGAUGUCUUCAGCUUUGGCGUGCUCCUCCUCGAGCUCGUCGCCGGCCGCAAGAACUCUACCUUCGCCUCCCUCCCCGACCCCGACGUCGGCAGCCUCCUUGAAUGGGCAUGGAAGCUUUACAAGAAGGGGCAGAGCGUGGAGCUGUUGGAUCCGGCCCUGUCGCCGGCGAUCAGCGUCGCAGAAGCGGAGCAGGUAGCGAUGUGCGUUCAGCUAGCUCUCCUCUGCACCCAGGCCGACCCGAAGCAGCGUCCCGACAUGAAUCGCGUCUUCGUCGUGCUGUCAAAAAUUACCACCACGACGACGACGACGACGACGACGACGUUGGUGUUGGAGGAGCCAAUCGCGCCCGGACUUCCCGGACGCAGGUACCGAAGGAGAUCCCACGGACUCACCACCACCUACACCCGGGGAUCCGCCGCCGCAGCACCCACCAAUACAGCCGGCGAAUCUUCCUCCGCCUCCUCCGCCACCACCUCCACCACUAGCACUACAACCACCAGCGCCGCUCGUUCGAGCACGACGCGCGUUGCAUCGCAUCCGUAGGUUUGUAAUUGCAUUAGUUGUGUUUAUAAUUCUUUCGAUGUAAAUUUUGGCGGAUUAUAAAGUUUUGCUCUUGAUAAUUUUGGUAAUUCUUGAUGAUUUCUCUGGAAAUUUCAAUCAAAUUUUCAUCUGAGUCGUCUUUAAAUCGAGCUUUCGUCGCUACCCACGGCUGCCUCCGCAUCCUGGUCUCAAUUUGGAAAAAUAUGGGACCCUUC